GCAGCGGCGAUGCUGUGCGGCACGCGGCUCGCGGACGGAAAUGAAAAAACAGCUCACGCCGGUGCUGUUUGGCGCUUCUUUUGGCCGCGCGACCCGAGCAGUUGUUUGAAACUAAGUUGACAAAAACAUAUGUAAAAAUGUAAAAAAAGAUUUAUUUUUUUCCUUCCCGGAGGGAUUCAGGCCUGUGACGGCUCGGCUCUGGAGCAUCUCCUUCUUUGUUAGCGACGAGGCAGCUCAAGUCUAGACUAGGUCAACGAACGAGUCAUUCUUUUUAACUGAAAUAAUUGUACGAACAUGAUUAAAAUUUAAACUUAUCUCUUGCUCCUAGAUGAGAACAAUCAUCUGAUCCAGUGCAUCAUGGACUUCCAGAACAAGGGCAAAACUGCCGAAUGCUCGCAAUACCAGCAGAUGCUUCACAGAAACCUGGUUUACCUGGCCACAAUAGCAGACUCUAACCAGAAUAUGCAGUCCCUCCUGCCUGCUAGGUCUGAACCCCCCACCACUGAGGUAAAGCAUGAACCACCUACGCAGAAUAUGCCCAUGGGCCCUGGGGGAAUGACCCAGAGUGGCCCUCCCCCGCCUGCACACAGUCACAGCAUGCCCUCGGACGGCAUGGUUGCCAGCGGUCCCCCAGCCUCGCACAUGCAGAGCCCCAUGAAUGGACAGUUGCAUGGGCCCAAUCACAUGCCAAUGCAAGGUCCAGGUCCCAACCAGCCCAACAUGCCCAACACUGCAAUGAACAUGCCUCCCAGCAGCCACGGCUCCAUGGGGGGUUACAACCACUCCGUGCCAUCCUCCCAAGGCCAGAUGAACAUGAACCAAGGGCAGCCCAUGGGCAACUAUGGCCCGCGACCUGGCAUGAACAUGCAGCCCAAUCAAGCACCCAUGAUGCAUCAGCAGCCCCCCUCCCAGCAGUACAGCAUGCCACCUGGUGGGGGACAGCAUUACCAGGGCCAGCAGAACCCCAUGGGCAUGAUGGGUCAGGUGACCCAGGGGAAUCACGUCAUGGGACAAAGACCCAUGCCGCCAUAUCGGCCCCCGCAGCAAGGUCCUCCCCAGCAGUAUUCCGGCCAGGAGGACUACUAUGGGGAGCAGUACAACCACAGCGGUCAAGGAGCUCCUGAAGCAUCGAAUGCCCAGUAUGGCCAGCAGCAGGAGCCAUACCAGCAAGGUCCUCCCCAGCAGCAAGGCUACCCACCCCAGCAGCAACCACCCCCGCAGCAGCCAUACCCAGGCCAGCAGGGCUACCCACCACAGCAACAGGGCUAUGGUCCUUCUCAGGGAGGCGCAGGGCAGUACCCCAACUACCCCCAGGGGCAGGGCCAGCAGUAUGGGGGUUACAGGGCACCUCAGCCAGGUCCCCCCCAGCCACAGCAGCAGCGUUCAUAUGGUUAUGACCAAACUCAAUAUGGGAACUACCAGCAGUGACCAGGGCGGAAGCUGCUCUACGAAAAUUGCGCUUGCCCAAAGGACUGGAAUCACCUCUGUGAUGAGCCAUUCCGCCACCCCUCAGCUAUAUUGACCCUAAUCACACCACUCACUCCUCUUGCCACGUAAUCAACUUGUGGCUGGAGCUUUUUGUUCCCCGGUGCAUCAAGCCCCCUCUUUUUUUAAAAUCUUCCCCAGUUUAGGGUCACUGCCCAGGGACUUCAAUCAGAAGUCUGCAUGCAUGGAAGCAACAUGCCUUUCUUGCCUUGUGUAGACAACCCUAUCAUCAUUCACUUUGGUGAGAUGAUGCAGCAACUUUUUAAAAGACAUAAACAAAAUCAUGCAGUCUUGGCAGCUUCUCUCCUGUUGCGAUAUUCCAUGCUAAAAACAUUUGUAUGUCUUAAUUGGUCUUAGUGCUCUGAUGCCUUAAGUGUGAAGGAGCAUGAAAACAUCAAGGUCUGGAGAAAGGUGUGUCCCAGGGACAACAGCUGCCUUACUGUACAGUUCAAAUGGCGCAACUGGUGUCCUUUUGGUUUUCUUUCAGAUUCUCUGUGACAGAAGGACCUGUCACUAUUAACCCUGAUAGUGCAAUGUUUUUAGUUACUUUGCGGGUUUGUCAGUGAAGCAAUAAUAUGACAGAUUUGUCCUUGUAAUAUGAGACAUUACAUGGAGAGGCAACAUUUUAUAAGAAAUGUAAUCAAUUAACCCGUGUACAAAUGUAUUUUAUGCCUUUAGAUAGAAUUCAAUUUGUAUAGUGACACUGAGUCUAGUACAGAAUAUUUCCAUGUUGUGUGCAUUUGAAUUGAAAAUGUAUUUUGUUUUUGGUUUCAACUCCUUUUUAAGCUGUGACUUUUUUGCCCUUUUUUAAUUGUCUUAGGUGAGAGUAAAUCAUGGGCUCUUGUGACAAACACAUACCCAGGCUUUUAAGUGUUUGGUUUUCUUACGUGUUACGCUGUGAGCAAAGUGCCUCGUGCAGUUGGCAAGUGUAACAGAAGAUGGUGCCAUAACAAACAAAACCAGAACCUGUGUCUCCUUUUUACUGCAGCCGUGUCUCUAUCAGGUCCUUUUUACAUCAUUAGCAGUUCACUACAUCACUGAAAGAGUGAAGUUGCUGCAUGGCUUGGCAAUUCUGGGCCAUAUUCAUAAACACCAUUGCUCAGCAGCUGCAUACUUACAUGCAAGACCAGGUCUCCUCUUUUCUAAAUUGCACUUCGGAGUCCAAAGAUGUGUGGGGAAAGACAGCAGUAGUAAAACCCUCCUUUACCAUGAAAACCACAAAGUUGGUCACCAGGUGGCGCAGGGAUCUCUUCACACUCAGUUUCUAGGUUUGAAUCCCACUCCCACUGUAGUGCUGUUAAUGUACUCCCCUUAAACUAACACAUAGAAAAUUGCCCUGCUGGAAAAAUGAGUAAGUUAGUGUGAAAAGCUGUGUACAAAUCUCCCACUAAAUGACUUGGGCAAAAAGUGUCAGAUAAAUGUGUUAAUGUCUGAUUUUAUGAAAUUAUUUGCUUUGUGCCUCUUUCCACACCCAUAACUGCUGUUCCCUUUAAAAUACCACGACCCCCCCUCCACCCCUGGACAGAAAGGCGUGUUUGUCACUUGCAGGAGCUUCAUACAGAUGGUUCUCCAGAUGUGUGGUUGAAUCAUGUGACUGGAAUGU